UCAAUGGCGCGGACCUUCAAGGAAGUUUAGUGCGAACAGCUGAGGUAUCUAUGCGAUAUUUGGUCGAUUAAGAUUGAUUAAAUAAAUUCACAGCUCUGAAUUGAAACACUGAAGUGGUGGAAAUGGAGAACGGGAAUGGUGUGAGUCGCUUCCCGUUUCCUUUUCAACCGUAUCCGAUCCAAGAGCGCUUUAUGGAGGCGCUGUACGCCGUGCUGGAGCAGGGCAAAGUGGGCAUCUUCGAGAGCCCCACCGGCACGGGGAAAUCUCUGAGUCUGAUCUGUGGUGCGCUGACAUGGUUGAAAGACUUUGAGGAGAAGAAACGACAAGAAGCUGCGAAGCUUCUGGAGCUCACUGUGAGCGCGCGCGCAGAUGGAGAAGGAAAAGACAGAGACGGAAACACGCUUCAGGUGGAGAAGAAAGGGAGCGGUGCUGGCACUGGCACUGAUGGAGAGCUGGACUGGAUUUCAGACUUUGUGCAGAAAAGAGAAGAGAGAGAGAUGGUGAACAAAUUAAAGGAUGAAGAGAUGAAGAGGAAGAGGAGAGAGGAACGACUGGAGAUGAUCAGACACAACGCUCAGCUUAAAUACGCCAUGAAGAGAAAAAACAGUGAGAAUAGUGAGACGGAAAAGUUACUGCAGUUCAGUAAGCAGGACACGGGCUCAGAGGAAGGACCUAACGAAGAUGAAGACGAUGGGCUCGUAGUUGCGGAUUAUGAAAGUGAUGAAGAAGCGACAUCCAAAAACAGGCUCUGUGAUGAUGAUGAUGACGAUCUGGAGGAGGAACAUGUCACUAAGAUCUAUUACUGCAGCCGUACACACUCACAGCUGGCCCAGUUCGUUCAUGAAGUGCAGAAGAGUCCGUACAGAUCCACAGUCAGCUUGGUUAAUCUUGGGUCUAGACAGAAUCUGUGCAUUAAUCCAGAGGUGGCACGACUGGGAAGUGUUCAGUUGAUCAACGAUCGCUGUAUGGAGCUCCAAAAAAAUAAACAUGAUAAUCAGAGCAAGGUGGACUCGGAGCCGAAACGCCGCCGCGGUGCCAGCAAGGCGACCUGCACUUUUGCAGGCUACGAGAAAAUGGUGACGAUGCGAGACGAGGUGUUAGCGAGUGUCCGAGACAUUGAGCAGCUCGUACAGCAUGGCCGAGAAACACACACAUGCCCUUAUUACAGCACGCGGCUAGCUAUUCCUGCAGCCCAGGUGGUGGUGUUGCCGUAUCAGUCUCUUCUUCAUGCCGCGACUCGCAAAGCCUCCGGGAUCAAACUGAAGGAUCAGAUCAUCAUUAUCGACGAGGCUCACAACCUCACAGACACGAUCACGGCACUGCACAGUGCCGAGGUCACUGGAGCACAGCUGUGCAGGGCUCACUCACAGCUCUCUCAGUACUGCAACCGAUACAGGAGCCGCCUGAAGGCCAAGAACCUGAUGUAUAUCAAGCAAAUCUUGUUUGUGCUGGAGGGGUUGGUGCGCACUCUGGGAGGGAAGGUGGGCAUGAAUCCUGUGGCUCAGAGCACACAGCCUGGAACUGAACUGUUAACCAUUAAUGACUUCCUGUUCAGAGCGCAGAUAGACAACAUCAACCUGUUCAAGGUGCAGAGAUAUUUUGAGAAGAGUCUGAUCAGCAGGAAGUUGUUUGGAUUUUCUGAGAAGUAUGAAGGCAGCGGUGUAAACGCACAUACAAGCUCUAUGAAUAAGGAGAAUCGCAGAACUGAGGGACUUGGGCGCUUCUUGCAGGGCCUUCAGAGCAAAGCUACAGCUCCUGUAGACCAUCAGGGUUCAGUAGAAGACAGACCGGUUAUGGCGUCUCCUAUGAUGCUUGUGGAAAGUUUCCUUUUCGCUCUCUCCAGCGCCAACAAAGAUGGAAGAGUGUUGAUGGAGAAACAAGCGUGUCUGGCUCAGAGUAGUGUAAAGUUUCUUAUGCUGAAUGCAGCGGUUCAUUUUACACAAGUUCUCCAAGAAUGCAGAGCCGUCAUAAUCGCUGGAGGAACAAUGCAGCCUGUCUCAGACUUUAAGGAGCAGCUUCUCCUGUCAGCUGGAGUUCCUAAUGAGCGCAUUGCAGAGUUUUCAUGUGGUCAUGUAAUCCCUCCAGAGAAUAUUCUACCCAUAAUCCUCUGCAGUGGACCGUCUGGAAAGGAGCUGGAGUUUACCUUCCAGACCAGAGAUACACCACAGAUGAUGGAAGAGACGGGACGGGUUCUGUCCAACCUUUGCAACGUGGUUCCAGGAGGCGUGGUCUGUUUCUUCCCAUCCUAUGAGUAUGAGAGGAGAAUUCUGGGACACUGGGAGAGUAACGGAGUCCUCCAACGACUUGCAGCCAAAAAGAAGAUUUUCCAGGAACCAAAGAAAGCGAGUCAGGUGGAGCAGGUGCUGUCUGAGUACUCCAAGUGCAUCCAGCGCUGCAGCAAUGCUGGAGGCGGCCAGUCGGGGGCGCUGUUAUUCUCUGUGGUUGGAGGAAAGAUGAGUGAAGGGAUUAACUUCUCAGAUGAUCUGGGCAGAUGUAUUGUGAUGGUCGGAAUGCCGUAUCCCAACAUCAAAUCGCCUGAACUUCAGGAGAAAAUGGCGUAUUUAGAUAAGAACAUGCUGCAUUUGGAUGGCAGAAGUCCUGGGAAGGCUUUAAUCGAAAAUUUGUGCAUGAAGGCUGUCAACCAGUCAAUAGGCCGGGCAAUUCGUCACAGAGGAGAUUACGCCUGUAUUGUGUUGUGUGACCGGCGCUACGCUCGCACUGGCACACUGCAGAAGCUUCCGGAGUGGAUCAGGAGCAGCACACGCACUCACAGUAACUUCGGGCCGGCUUUUGCCAGCAUUAGGAAGUUUUUCCUGGAGAAGCGACAAGCGCAGCACUGAGCCGAACGCCACAUGACCUCGAUUCUUCAUCUCCAUCCAGAUGCAAGUUCUGUUUGUGUUUUUCAUGUUUAGCGUGCAUGUGGUUGUGUAAUCCUGUAAAAGCCACGUAAAUUAUUAACAUUCCUCCGGUCCGUUCAGAGUUGGAGUCUAUGUUCAUGUGA